AUGAGGAUGCUGGUGUUGUCUGUGAAGCUGUUCACCAGAUUGGAUCCCAACUGUGCUCACCAUGAGGAUGCUGGUGUUGUCUGUGAAGCUGUUUCACCAGUGAGGUUGGUCAACUCUUACAACCGCUGCUCUGGCAGAGUGGAGCUUUUCCAUGAUGGACAGUGGGGGACAGUGUGUGAUGAUUUCUGGGACCUAAAUGAUGCUCAGGUGGUGUGUAGACAGCUGGGCUGUGGCAGGGCCAUUUCAACAGAGUAUUUUGGUGAGGGCACAGGGCCCAUCUGGUUGGAUGAUGUCACGUGCACAGGAAGUGAAUCAUAUCUCACAGAGUGCAACCACCUAGGGAUUGGAUCUCACAACUGUGCUCACCAUGAGGAUGCUGGUGUUGUCUGUGAAGCUGGUUCACCAGUGAGGUUGGUCAACUCUGAUUCACGGAGCCUAAAUGAUGCUCAGGUGGCAUCAGUGACAGAUGUGAACCCAACAAACCCUCUAGUUUCAUCAACCACACCUGGUACAACACCACCACAGCUCUCUACUAUCAAUCAGGUUGAUAUCACCAUGACAACAACAGCAGGCAAUAGCACAGAAGUUGAGGGGCAGAUCCGUCUGGCUAAUGGAGGAAACAGUUCUUGCUCUGGUAGAGUAGAGAUCUUCUUCCAUGGACAGUGGGGGACAGUGUGUAAUGAUUCCUGGAGCCUGUUAAAUGCUCAGGUGGUAUGUAGACAGAUGGGCUGUGGCAGGGCCAUGUCAACAGAGUAUUUUGGUGAGGGCACAGGGCCCAUCUGGUUGGAUGAAGUCAUGUGCGCAGGAAGCGAGUCCAAGCUCACAGAGUGCAGCCACCAAGAGAUUGGAUCUCACAACUGUGAUCACCAAGAGGAUGCUGGUGUUGUCUGUGAAGGUAAAUACAAAUGUAUACAGCUAAAGACAAUUCAAUCUCUGUGUGUUAAUGUUGUAUGUAGUUUGUUAAAGUCAUCACAAUUUUUUUUUUUGAAAUAUGUUUAUUGAUUUUCAAAAUAGAGAAAAGAAAGAAAUAUAUAUACAUAUAUAAAAUGAAAAAGAGGAAAGAACACUGCACAUCAAGCAUUACAACAAUAUUUCAUGGUUAUGAAAUGAUUAUCUACUAUACACGGAAUAUAAAAGCAAAAAAAAUAAAAAAUAAAAUAAAAUAUAUAAUACCAGUAAGUAGCAGUAGACAUAUACGAGAUCAUACUUUUGUAUGCACUGUGAGGUUUCGUACAAUAGCCAGUGUCUAUGGGCUCACCUUUUUAAGGUAAUUCAGUACUGGGUCCCAUGUUUUAUAGAACGUAUCCCCUCCAUCUUCAUUGUAGAAUCUCAAUCUCUCCAGGUGUAAAAUGUUUGACCGUUCUCCCAACCACAGGUUAUAAGUAGGCACAGAGUCCGUUUUCCACACUCGCAAAAUCAGCUUUUUAGUGAUCACCAUCCCAAAUUGAACUGCUCUUCUUUCAAAUUUAUUAACAGAAAAAAGGACAUUUUACCUAGAAAUGGUGGAGGAUGAUGGGUUCAUUGUGUUUCUGGAUUUCUACAAAGUCUUAAGAAGUUAAGAAAUCCCUUAAGAAGUUUGGCUUUGACAACUAUUUUUUCCUCUGCUAUCAAAAGUCUAUAUCACAAAGGUAAUAGCUCAGUUAAACUAAUGAAUGGCAUGUCUCCUAGAUUUAAUCUCUUAGUCUCUAGAGAUAUUAGACAAGGGUGGCCUGCUUCACCGUACCUGUUCCUUCUUGUGGCUCAGCUGUUGGCUGAUCACUUUAAAUCAAGUAAGGUAAAUGGCAUCAAUGUUGUAGGCAGAGAACUAACAAUUACCCAACUGGCAGAUGACACCACUCUUUUUCUUAGGGAUGAAAAUCAAGUCUCUGUUGCAAUAAAUACCAUAUCAGAGUUCUCCAAGGCCCCUGGCUUUAGUCUAAACUUAAAAAAAUGUGAAAUUAUUUCCAUUAAGGAGUGUCCUAAAUCAUCCAUCUAUGAAAUCCCAAUCAAAGAUGAAGUUGUUUACUUAGGCAUCACAAUUACCAAGGACCAACAAAAAAGAACUUCUAUAAAUUUUAAUCCUAUGCAUUAAAAUGAGGUCUCAGCAUAUGAUUUCUCAACAAAAUAAACUUUAUGGAAUUAAUAACCAUGUUUCUUUUUCCUCUGUUU